AUGCAAGGUGUGUUAACCGAUAAGCAUAGCAAGUUCCUGAAACGACACCUUGGCGUUCUUCCUUCCAGGUAUCAAGAACACGAUGCAAACAAAUUGUCGAUUGUUGGCUAUUCACUUCUGGGAUUAUCGUGUCUCAGUGACGAAGCAACAGAUCCAUUUAAAGGCAGCCGAAGCUGGCUGAGGCGCCAUUAUAGGACCGGGUUGUUCAACGGCAAAAAAAUAGGAGGCUUUUGCCCGAGUCAACUGCUUGAUGUCGAGAACGCUACAUCGAUAAGUCUUCCCAACACCCUAUUUGCAUUAUGGAGUUUUAUUUGCUUGAAAGAUACAACAGUUUUGACUGAAAUUGAUCGGGUAGAUAUAUGCCGGUUUGUUUCGAUGUGUCAGAGUCCCAAUGACGGUUCCUUUGUAGGGUCUUUGGAUGUCUUAAAGGAAUCCACCACUUCACCCACCGAGUCUAAUGACUCUCGCAUGAGCUACAUAGCAGUGGUAAUAUUAUAUUUGCUUGGGCUUAAAACUCCUGAAGAAAUGUCUGAGUUUAUCGAUAUUCGCGGGUUGGUGGAGUAUUUGAAAACGAAAUGUUGUAUAAACGGCGGGUUUGGAGAGUAUGGUGAAGCACAUGCAGGUUAUACUUCAUGUGCAUUGUCCGUUUUUGCCAUCUUAAAAACGGAAUGGCACGGUCUUUCGGAAACCUUUCUUGAGGAAACACUCGCUUGGCUCAAGAUGCGUCAAGUUUCGAGCCAAGGUUGUCACUGUUUCCAAAAUGAGAACGAAUAUUUUGAUGCCCAAGAUAAUGGCGGAUUUCAAGGUCGUGAGAACAAGUUUGCCGAUUCGUGCUAUGUGUUUUGGUGCUUGAAUUCUAUACGCAUUAUAGAAGAAACCCACACCAACGAAACGGAACGAGGUGCCAUGCGAUUUCUUUUAGAAAGAACCCAGAACUCUCUUAUCGGUGGAUUCUCUAAGAACGACGAGGAAGAGCCCGAUCUCUAUCAUACUUGCAUGAGUCUCGCAGCAAUAGGCUUGAUGACAGGGAAAUUCAACGGUCCCUUGUUUUUGCCAACUCACUUAGUAGUGGCCGCUUUAUAG